GUGAUGAGGAAGGGAGUGGAAGGAGGAAUAGGGAUUCUUUGUGGGCGAGGAGGACCGAGAGAUUCUUGAGGGACCAACGAUGGAUUGUACCCCGCCUUGCAUUUUAGUUGGUUGGUGUUGUCAUUCUCCCACACAUUUCAUUGCAGUGCUAUAACCGCUGCUCAAAUUGGUCUCCUCUUUGCACAUUGCGGUGAAGUUCACAAAGGGUUGUAACGCAUCCGUGAGUGUUUGGACCUUCAGGAUGUCUUGUCUUUUCAUCGUGUGGCACGGGGCUGUGGUUUCAUUGUCGGCUACUCUUGUGGCAAUCUGAGGCGUGUUAUUGGCAUGCGAUUCGAGACCGUUGGAAAGUGGGUGCCGCAGUUGAUAUCUCGUCUUGAUCGACUCAGAUCGCGUAUCUUGAGAGAUGGGCGGCUCCGAUAGUGAAGGAUACGAUAGUGAAGAGCUCGACUUCGACGAGUUAACUGAGGCACAUGGGGAGGCCUCGGCGGGUCUCAAAGACGGAACACUGAAAUUCGCAAAUGUCGACGGCACAUUCAGAUGCCCCUAUUCGCCAGCUCGAAAGAAGCAGGACUACAAGUACCGUGAAAUAUUACAGCAUGCUGUGGGAGUUGGUGCUGGGCACCGGGGCCCUGUAGCUGCUGGGCAGCAUCGUGCCUUGCGAGAGUACCUGGAGAAGGAUGUUGCUGCCAGGGCACAGCCUCAGGCGGAGCGACCAUUACAUUUGCAGCUGCAGCAAAAUGUGCCGUGUAGGGUGGACAGCGAGGAGAAGCGGAUGUUCUACCCUUGGAUGGGCAUAUUGCAGAACAUUGAUAAUCGGACUAUAAGCCCAACCGAUGGUUCCCGGAUAGGUCCUUGUGCGGCCGACAUUAAGGAGAAGCUCAAGGCCUUCAAUCCUCGAUCGAUUAAGGUGAUGCAUGAUGAUGGAGGGCACCUGGGUGUGGUUAUCAUUGGGUUUCGAAGCUCCAUGGAUGGAUUUAAGGAUGCUGUGGAAUUUGAAAAUAGUUUCAACAAUGUGAGGCAAGGGCGGUGGGAUUUUGAAAGGGACUCUCCGAAUGGGUAUACCGGCACACAAUUGUAUGGGUGGAUGGCCACCGAGAAGGAUGUCGACUCUAAGGAAGUCUUAAGUGAGCACUUGAAAUUGAAUGGUGACUUAAAAACCCUUCCAGAGAUUGUCUGGGAACUGGAACAUCGAACCCAGCAGCGAACACAGAUCCUCAAGGAAGCCCUGACCAAAAAGGACGAUGACUUGCAAGUUACUCAUGAGGAAAACUGGAGCUUGACAAACAGGGUACAUAAUGUUACGGCUCUCCUUGAACAAGCUCAACUGGAAAAUCAGAAACUAUUAGAAGGUUGCACAAAAGUUAAGAUGGCAGUGCUUUGCUCUGAUUAAUCCGGACAUCCUUAUGUUAUCGUCAUGUACAAGAGACACAUCAUGAAUGCUGAGAAUGCUCGAAAUGAUAUCAAAAAAAAAAAAAAAACAAAACAAAACAAAACAAAAAACAAAGGGGGCAAGAGGUACCUAAUAGCGACUUACAUUUUUUUGCGCUCUACAUCUGUUAGCCUUACAGAUGUUCUCUGUAGAACUUGUAGUUCAGUAUGUAGCUAUAUAUACCACUAUCGUCACACAACCAGGCCGAACAGGAAAGCGCCGAAAAGUACACAACAGGCUUUUCGAUACUGUUGAAGCUUUUCUUUCGCAAAUUUGGAAAUUCGCCCAUUAGAACAGCAAUGAGAUUGCUGGAAUAUCCACUCCUUCCCAACUAUACAGUAUCAGCUUUAAACAAGAGUGUCUGAGUACAUGUAUAUCUGCAAAUAGAAUUUUAUCUGCAGUUUGCUCUGCCAGAUAACUCGAGCCAUCACGUUGCGAAAGUUAAGACUGCCGUUUUCAAUCACAGAUAUUUCUGCAUAA